AUGCGUCUUCAGAGCGGAUCCGCCACACUUCACGCCGAGAUCUCUGCCCUUGAAAACGCGGGGCGCUUGCCCGCUGCCGUGUACCGCGAUGCCACCAUGUACACUACUCUCUCCCCAUGUGAUAUGUGCACUGGUGCCUGUGUCAUGUACAAGAUCAAACGUGUUGUCAUUGGCGAAAACAAAACGUUUGUGGGUGGCGAAGACUACUUGAAGCAAAAAGGCAUCGACGUCGUUGUGCUGAAAAACAAAGAGUGCCAGGACUUGAUGGACAAGUUUAUCCAAGAGAAACCCGGCGAUUGGUACGCAUUGUCCGGUAAUCAUCGGCCACUAAUUAACAUGUCACAGGUAUGA